AAUAAAAAAUAAAUUAAUAUACAGUUUUAGUCGAUUCGCAUGAAUAUACAAGCAAACGAUCGUUUCACGUUUUCACUAAUCUGUCGUGAUUUUUGACUUCUUUCGUAGCUUCGUAAUUGGUUAGUAAAUAAAUCUCUUUUGUCAUUGGCUAUUAACCGGGGCCAAUUCUAGUUUGUUUCGACGAAAAUAAGCCUAAACCUGUAUGUAUAUGCGAUCACGUUAAUCGAUCUUUUAAAAGAGCUUUCCCCUUUCGCGUUCGGCGUAUGUAGUACAUAUAUAAUAUGUGUGUGAGUGGAAAUUAACAUGUUAAGAUUAAAAUUUCUAUUGAAUCGAUAUGUUACGAUCGAUCGAACAUCGAUGUUUUCCAAGUAUCGUGAAAUUAAUCGUCAUUUAAUGUUAGAAUGAUUCGGAAAUGAUCGGGUUAUCUUUAAAUGUUAAAUCUUUUAACUGGUGUCAUUAUUUCAAGCCUUUCCUUCAUUCUUAUUGACUUUUUUCUCGUGUAUAGUAAGUAAUUUAGUAGUAGUAGUAAUAGUGGUGGUGCGUGCACGUAGUCGUCGUGCGUUAUCAUAAACUUGAAAGUUUGGUUAAAAAAAGUCUUGUAGCAUGCCACAGUUUCAUAGAAUUGAAAUCAAUAGGACGGAAUGGGAGGUACCAGAACGAUAUCAAAUGCUUACUCCCGUAGGUUCGGGAGCUUAUGGUCAAGUUUGUUCUGCAGUAGAUACAACGACUAACCAAAAAGUUGCUAUAAAAAAAUUAGCUAGGCCUUUUCAGUCAGCGGUACAUGCAAAACGUACAUAUAGAGAACUACGCAUGUUAAAACAUAUGAAUCAUGAAAAUGUAAUCGGUCUAUUAGACGUGUUCCAUCCGUCUUCGUCGUUGGAAGAUUUUCAACACGUGUACCUAGUCACGCAUCUGAUGGGAGCAGAUCUCAAUAACAUUGUCAGAACGCAAAAACUAUCCGACGAUCAUGUACAAUUUCUUGUAUAUCAAAUUCUUCGAGGCUUGAAGUAUAUUCAUUCUGCGGGUAUUAUCCAUAGGGAUUUGAAGCCAUCAAACAUAGCUGUAAACGAAGAUUGCGAAUUAAAGAUUUUAGAUUUUGGUUUGGCAAGGCCUACGGAGAAUGAAAUGACAGGAUACGUUGCUACCAGAUGGUAUAGGGCUCCAGAAAUUAUGUUAAACUGGAUGCAUUAUAAUCAAACAGUUGAUAUUUGGUCAGUUGGAUGCAUAAUGGCAGAAUUACUUACUGGAAGAACAUUAUUUCCAGGAACAGAUCACAUUGACCACUUAACACGAGUUCUUGUGCUCUGUGGUAUGCCCACAGAAGAAACCUUGAACAAAAUUACCAGUCAAGAGGCCAGAAACUAUAUACAAAGUUUACCACCCUUGAAGAAGAAAAAUUUUAAAGAUGUAUUUCGCGGUGCUAAUCCCUUAGCAAUAGAGUUGCUUGAAUUAAUGUUGGAAUUAGAUGCUGAAAGGAGAAUUACGGCGGAACAAGCAUUAGCUCAUCCAUAUCUCGCACAAUAUGCUGAUCCAACUGAUGAACCAGUUUCGUUACCAUAUGAUCAAAGUUUUGAGGAUAUGGAAUUACCUGUUGAAAAAUGGAAAGAACUUGUUUAUCACGAAGUGAUCAAUUUUGUACCUCAAACAUUACCUGCGCUAUCGUCGACAAUUGAAGCAGCUACGUAGAAUUUGACUAAUAUAGGAUAAUACAAUUUUAAGCACAUUGUAAGAUAAUACUAAUAUUGAAAAUUUAAAUUAUAUGUAAUUCUUUAUAUAUACAUAUACAUAUAUACAUAUGUAUAUAUGUAUGUAUGUAUGUAUGUAUGUAUAUAUAUAUAUAAAAGAAUAUCCGUGUAUAUAAUUCAUAGAUAAUGCAAAGUAUUAAAGAUAAAAUGUAUAUUUUUAUUAAGUUAAGAGUUAAAUGAUGAUAAAAACACUAAUACUUUCUGGAA